CUCAGCAAAUCAAUUCAGAUGCUUCAGCAAAAAAUAAGUUAUUUCGAAAUGCGUUUUAUUCUUUUUACUUAUGCAUUUAUUGUGUCCGCUAAUUCGGCUACCUAUAACUUGAAAUCACCGUCUACUUUGCCGCGUUAUCUGAGUCCUGUACCAUCUUCAGAUCCCCAAGCACUAGUACCUUCCUAUCAAUAUUCGGCACCAGCACCUGAACCUGCAGCCGYGACUUAUGCAGCGCCAGCACCAGCACCCGCCUACGGAGCUUCGGCAAUAGUACAACCACCUUGUGCGGGGGUGUCUGCCUCACUUCCUGAGCCAUUACCGUAUGCACCAGCUUUGCUGGCAUCGGACUCAUCGCCUUAUAUAGCUUCAGCACCGGUUUCAGCUCCUUACUCAGCACCAGAGCCAGUUCCAGUACCAACUCCACCACCAGCUCCUGUUACUUAUGCAACACCUGCUCCUUACGCAACAGCUCCAGCGUCGAUUCCUGAUGCAUAUGCUCCGGUAGCAUCAAUUCAAGAUGCCUAUUUACCAUCAGUGCCGGCCACAUCUGCUUACGCAGCUCCAGGAAUAGAUCCCGUACCAUCAUCAUGUCCUAAUGCAGUCGCAUCUGAUACUUAUGCAGCUCAGUCAUCGGCUCAAGCUGCUUAUGCAGCACCAGUAGACCCAACUCAAAAUGUUUAUGCAGCACCUGAUCCAGCACCAGCUGAUUACGCGGCUCCUGUACUCCGGGCAGCAACUUACACUGAACCAGAUCCAGCUCCAGCACCUGCUCCGGCUGCUUACUCAGUACCAUCACCAGCCCCACAAGCUUAUAAUGCUCCCGUACCUGCACCAGUCUCUUUUUAUGCUGCUCCAAACCAAAGUGUCUCACCAGCCAUAUCCUCUUAUCUAGCACCAACACAAUCUGUCGUAUCUUAUGCUUCUCAGGCGGCCCCUCCAGCCCCUUGUGCCUCUCCAGUUCCGGCUCCAAUUCCAGCUCCGGUGUCUUAUGCUGCUCCUGAACCUGCUCAAUCAUCUUACGCUGCACCAGCACAGGGUUCCGCUCUUGCUUCAUUGUCAUCCUACACAGCUACUCCCCUCUCGCCUUAUGAAAGCUCGGCGCCUGCUCCUGCUCCUUAUUCAGUUCCGUCUCCAGGUCUGGUAUCCUACGMCACUCCCGAACCUCCUCAACCAGCUUACGCUGCACCAGCACCCGCUGCCGCUCGUUAURCAUCGUCAUCUUACACAGCACYAGCCUCAACAUCGCUUCCCGCCCCRUAUGCAGCUUCAGCUCUAUCGCUGUCCUAUGCUGCACCUUCACCGACUAACUCUGCUUAUGCACUGCCAUCUUACGUAGCACCAGCUCCAGCAUCCCCUCCUACCUCAUACCUAUCCACAGCUCCAGCUCCAGUGUCCUAUGCCGCACCUUCACCACCAGCACCAGCACCCGCACCUAUUUUUCCCCCAUAUUCCAGUGCUGUUAAAUACUAUCAAUGAACAUAAUAUUAUAUGUUUAAAGUAGUUUCCGAAAAGAUCAAUAAAUAAAUCAUUUUACAGCUCAA